UUUGGGUUGCAUCAACAAGCCGAGUUUGCCAAUGUGAAGGCGAGCCAUGGGGCGUGCCAGAUACACUGCAGUCACCAGCAAGCCCAGCGAGGAGCGGACGAAGGCGAAGCUGAGCAACCUGCCGCUGGCAAAGCUGCGGGCACGGCUGGAGGCCUUGGCGGAACAAGGCGACAGCGUGCAGCGCAGCGUGGCCUUCCUGGUUUGGUCCACCGAGUGCUGCCCGGUGCAGUUUGCCCACCGAGAGGUCUUGGAGCGAGCGCGGCAGGUCCUGGAGCUGAGAGGCCUGCAGCUGGGCUUCGCCUUCCUGGCGCCCUCCAAGUCCGAGGCUUGCUUGUCACUGGACCUCCGUGCCGAGCUCUGCAGAAAGGCCUUUGAGGAGGUGCCCUGGAUCGAGACCUGCUCCUGGGGCUGGACGGGCGCCCGCAGCUGCGGCCGCAUCUUGCAGCAGCUGCAGCGGUCGCUGGCCUGGUCCGCAGGGGUUCGCUGGGACUUUCGGCCCUUCGUGCUGGCUACGGAGGUGCCAGCUGAGUCUGUGGUGCCGCUAGUCUGCCUCUCUCCGCUCUUCCGCGGGCUGCCUAUGGGCCAUCCGUGUCCAACAACCGCGUGGCGGGCCAGGCUCUACCAGGACCAAGGCGUGCUGGGCCAUUGCCGCAGCCUGCCGGAAAAUCUGGUGGAUGCCGAGUGUCCUGACUGGCCGAGCCUACAACCCCACGUGCCGGAGGCAGUGCUGGAGCAUCUCCGCCGUGCGCUGGCAGACGGCAGCCUUUCUAGCGAGGCAGGCGAGGCAAGCCCGGCGAGCGCGGCGAGCGCAAAGGCGAGCCCAGGAGAAGCAAAAGCUGCGGCGCCUGAAGCUCUCGGCUCGACUGUCUCCGCAUUGGAUCUGGCUGAUUUUCGAGUG